AUUAAAUUGUAUAGAUUAGAAUGAAACCCAAUCAUCUUGUCUACGACAGUGUCCAAACCAAUAUUAAUCAAAAUAAUCAGACCACAUUAUAUCAUCCAUUUUCAUUAUCGACAAAUCUUAUUAAUAGAAAUAAAUCGGCAACAAUUGGUGACAUAUUGAAAAUCAACUCCGAUAAAACGACAAAUGACGAUGACAGCAACAGUGGUAUGGUGUCAAUUGAUGAUGAUGAUGAAACGUCUUCUUCACCAUUACCAUUAUCAUCGUUAUCUGAUUUUGAUCGAUUUAUAAUUGAUAAUGGAUCUGGUGCGGACCCUGGUGUAAAUAGUCAACUCGAUUCUGCUAUUGAACAUCAACUUGUAAUAAAUUCUUCAUCAAUAUCGUCGGAUUGGAAUGAUUGGAUUUCAAAUUCUGCUGGGGUUACUUUGAUGAUGGAUGCUGAAACUACAACAUUACCACCAUCAUCCCUAUCGUCAGUGACACCAACAUUUUUGCCUAAUUCAAAAACAAUUCUUAAAAUUACGACCACACCAAUGAAUUCUUCAAUAAUGACGGCAUCCUCAACUGAAACACCUCAAAUCGUAUCGUCAUCAUUGAAAAAACAAUUAUUGAUCUCAAAUACUUAUCAUCACCUCAGCAAGCACAAUUCCUCAUUAUCAAAAUCAUCGAAUUGGUUGGCUAUGAAACCAAAUGCUAUAAACAUAGAUUCAUCCAUGCAAUCAUCGGAUAAGAGUACAAAUCAUCUAACGACGAUAGCAACAAUAGCGAAUUCAAUUUCGGCUGCCUUUCUACCUACACAAUUACAGUCACAAACAGUAAAUCGAACAAUCAGUUCUCAACCUGGUUCAAUAGCAGCUGGUUCGAUCGAUUAUGUUGUUGAUACACCACCACAUUCAUUACCUGGAUUUCCUACAAGUUCAGGUACCAAUGGUUCCGGUGAAGAUGAUGAUUAUUUUACUGAUUGGUCAACUACUCAAGAUUAUCAAUUUUUGAUCAAUCUUUCCAUCGGCGGAAUCAUUAUAACCACAUUCGUAUUAUUAUUAUUCCUAUUAUGGUUGUGUUGUUCGAAGAAUGAUCGUGAUCAAUAUAGUAUUAGAAAAGUGCCUGGCAAUAAUCAUCAUCGACAUCAUCGUUCAAGUAUUAAUACAUCAUCAUCGGAUAGUAUCAACACUGGUAUUAGCGUUAAUGUUUGUAAUAAUGAUGUAUUAUCCAAACGACGAUCAAAUUGUUCUUUAUACAUAAGUAAUCCAAAUUCUGAAGAUUCACAACCAGAUAUACCCGGUGGAACCUUAAGCAAUAAUAAUAAUAAUAAUGGUUCAAUCAUAUUUCAAAAUCAAUUAGCUGAUCAUCAACAUCAUGCGAAUAGCCAUCAUCAUCAUCAUCAUAAUUAUACAAAUAAACCAAUUACUACUAUUAUCAGAAAGUAUGAUGUGGAAUGCGGUAAUGAUGGUGAUGGAAAUAGCAAUGAUUCUGGCCAUAGUUUCGAUGCCAUAUUUGAUUCGGAAAAAUUCAAAGCCAUCUCGGUUGAUCUACAUGAUCAAAAACAGAGAAGAAGAUCAAAUGGUUUGCAAUUGGCAAGAAAUUUAGCCGCUUAUUGUGAAAAUCAACAUUUACAAUCUACAAAGGAUUCAAAACGCAUGUCGAAUACUGGUGAUCUCAAAAUGAUUAAUAAAAUCGAUCCAUCAUCAACAAAUACAACGAUGACAAUCUAUGAUUAUUAUGAUAAUAAUACUGAUCAUCAAAUGAUUGGUCGUUCAAGAACAUUACCAUGGCCAACGAAUGGAAAUUCAACUUCAGCCGAUGAGCCUGAAGCUAAACUAUCUGAUGAUAACAAACAUACAUCGAUUUCAUCGUUAUUUACAAGGACACCGAUUGAUGGACAGGUGAAUUUUACUAAAAAACGACGAAAUCGUAUGCAUAAUGAUAGUGCAGCAGCCAUUGCAAUGAAUCGUAGUGGUCUUUUACAAUUAAUUUCUCAUGAUACUAAAGAUACUGGUGAUAAUUCUAACCAACGGAAUCGGAUGAUGUUGAUGGCCAAAGCAUCACCAGAUGCACUUCUUACUUAUUAUGAAAAAAUGACCCAAAUGAAUUCAACAUGUUGUGAUACAAACACUGAAAGUUGUACGAGAAAGAAUAAUGAUCAACAAACUAUAGAUUCAACAUUAUCAAAUCAAAAACGUAUACAUCAGAAUAGUCCGGAAACAAGUUCUGGUGAUAGUAUCAUACUUACUGGCGGUAAUAAUACAAUGACCGGAUUAUCAUCAACAACAUCAUCAUCGCCACCUAUUGUCGUCUAUAAUCAACGAACUGUCUUAUAAUAAUAAAAAAUUUUAUUAAGAUGAUCGUUGAACAAAAUAUAUUUUGUGAUUAUCUAUUUUUCAACAAUUGCGGAAAAAAAUUAUUUAAUUUUUAA